GUUGAUCACGGGACGACGAUGAGCUGCUAAUGUGAUGUGGCCGUGAAAAAAGCUAAUGCGGUCUUGGGAUGCAUCAGGCGAGAAAUUACUGUUCUGAGAGACAUGUCGCAAUACCACUCUUGUUUUUGAAUACCUGAAUUUGUUUGGAGACAGACAUAUAAUAUGGGAGUUCCCCAUUUAUCAUGUUGUGUCACCAGCGGUGGCUGAGCUGAAAUUUCCUGCAUCUUGGGGAGAGCAUGUAUAAAAGGAAUGGCCUCAUGGCCAAUGUGACCGUCACCUCCGCCACUCCAGAGGAUGUGUUCAGGGAAGCUCCUGAUAGUAGCAGCUCUGACUCUCUGGAAGGAAGGAGUUCAGACUAUGCCAAUAAAAGCUAUGAUGCGGUUGUAUUUGAUGUAUUGAAAGUAACUCCUGAGGAGUUUGCAAGCCAGAUUACAUUAAUGGAUAUGCCAGUAUUUAAAGCUAUACAGCCAGAGGAACUAGCCAGCUGUGGAUGGAAUAAGAAAGAAAAACACAUCCUUGCUGCUAAUAUUGUUGCCUUUACAAGGAGGUUUAAUCAGGUCAGUUUCUGGGUUGUACGAGAAAUUUUAACAGCACAGACCUUAAAAAUAAGGGCAGAAAUAUUGAGCCAUUUUGUGAAAAUAGCUAAGAAACUUCUAGAACUGAACAAUCUACAUUCCCUCAUGGCUGUGGUAUCAGCAUUGCAAAGUGCACCUAUUUUCAGGCUGACGAAAACUUGGGCUCUUCUGAAUCGCAAAGACAAGACCACCUUUGAGAAGUUAGACUAUUUAAUGUCUAAGGAAGAUAAUUAUAAGAGGACACGGGAGUACAUCAGAAGCUUAAAGAUGGUCCCUACUAUUCCCUAUUUAGGAGAAUGUGAUGCAAUAUGUGCAUUGUGGUUGAUUAUUCCAUUCGAUAUACAAAUAUUAACACAAACAAGAAGUCCCUGUUGA